AUGGCGCCCUCUGUGUCCGACUUACAGCCUGUCGCGCCGCCGGAGACGCGGGAGAGGAGAGCAUCAUCGAUGCGACUGACGGUAUUCAAGCAGGCGAACUUGAAGAAAGGCCCCUCGUACCCGUUCUACUACCCCGUCUUCGACAACACGCAGAAGUACCCGCCGAUCGAGCCCUUCGAGCAUUCUGACGCGGGCCACCGCGCUGACCGCGCCAAACCGCACCUGCUCACCCCCAACACGACAACGCGCGACAUCAGCCCGUACCUCGGGACGGAGAUCAAGGGCGUGCAGAUCUCGCAGCUCUCCAACGCUGGCCUCGACGAGCUCGCGCUGUACGCUGCCGAGCGCAAGGUCCUCGUGUUCCGCGACCAGGACUUCAAGGACAUCGGGCCAGACCGGCAGUUGGAGAUCGGAUCAUACUUUGGCCCCAUUCACCAGCAUCCGACUUCGGGGAAUGUUGUUGGAUACCCGCAGUUCCAUGUCGUCUAUCGCGAUGAGGACCAGGACCGCUUCGAAGACUAUUUGGGCGGCGAGCGCACGAAUCGCACAAGCUGGCACUCCGAUAUUACUUAUGAACGACAGCCUCCCGGCACCACCAUCUUCUUCAUCCUCGACACCCCCGAAGGCGCGGGUGGGGACACGCUCUUCCUCUCUCAAGUCGAGGCCUACAAACGGCUCUCGCCCGAGUUCCAGAAACGCCUCGAGGGCCUGAAAGUCCUCCAUUCCGGCGUCGCCCAAGCCGAAUUUUCGCGCAAACGGAAUGGGCCUGUUCGGCGCGAGCCAAUCGAGUCCAUCCACCCGCUAGUCCGCGUACACCCCGUGACGGGCGAGAAGGCGCUGUACGUCAACCAGGCGUUCACGCGCUCGAUCGUCGGCUUCAAGCGCGAGGAGUCCGACUACCUACUCAACUUCCUCUUCAACCACCUUGUGACGGGGGCGGACUUCCAGAUCCGCGCGGCGUAUGAGCCCGGGACCGUCGUUGUGUGGGACAACCGCGUGACGUGCCACUCGGCGACGCUUGAUUUUGAGCGCGCGAGGCGGCGCCAUGCGGUGAGGUUGACGCCGCAGGCGGAGGUCCCGAUCGCGGGCUGA